AUGGCGGGCGAGCAGGAGAAAGUGGUCACUUCGGACACAGAGGGCCCUGAAAAGCGCACGAGAGAGCAACUGAAGAAAGCCACCAUAUCCAAGGACCAAUCCAACGCCCCGCCGAGCAGUGGGGAAGUGCCCACUGAAAACAUCACCGUCGACGAGAAUGGAGUGGACCCAGAGACGACCCAAGAGCCUGUGAGGUUGCAGAGGAAGAGGAGCCACGAGGAGAUCGACCAGCAAUCACGAGAAGCCAUCAACGUCAACGCACAGAACCACAGGAGGAAGCGGUCACGGGACAGCUCUGCGGAGGAAGAUGAGCUCAACAAUGGGCAGCGGAAGUCUGGGGAGCGCGGACGCGAAGAUCCGGAGCAGCACGUCACCUCCAACGGUGCACCUACGGAACCCACAGCAGACCGCUCACGCACGCCAGAUCACACUGGUGCCAAGAGAGGCGAAGCGGUGGUUGAGGAGAUGAGUAGUCCGAAGAUCAAGAGGAGUCGGCUGCAUCCAGAUCCCGAAAAGGCAGCUGAGCCAAAGGCGGCCACGGAAGAUUCUACGUCGUCUGCCACCAAGCCUACGACACACGAUCAAUCGACCACAAAGAUCCCAUCGACAAGCGGCUUCGCCAACACAUCUGCAUCCUCACCCUUCGCAUCUCUCGCCGGACAGAAAUCGCCAACACCAGACGCUCCGCAAACAUCUUCGAGCGCAUUCGCGGCUUCUACCUUUGGCUCUCUUGCAGGAUCUACUACUCCUGGCUUCGGCGCUGUAGGUAAGACCUCUGGCGGGUUCGGCACGGGCGGUAGCUUUGCAUCAAGCACGAAGAAGGAAGAAUCGAAGGAGUCCGGCAGCAUGUUCGGAGGAGCACUUGGUCAGAAGUCAGCCUUCUCGAGCGGACCGCCCGCACCCGAAAGCACUGCUUUCGGCAUCUCAGCGUCUGGCUUCGGCAAGCUUGGUGGUGGAGGUGGCGGUUUCGGCGGCACUGGAUUCAGCGGUCUAGGUGGUGGUGGCGGUCUCACAUCCUUUGCUAGCGGCAAGCCAUCAUCAUUCGCCAGCACUUCCAAGCCGGUGAAGGCCUUCGGGGAAGCAGUGGAAGACGACGAGAAGGAUCUCGAAGCGGGCGAAGACGGCGAUAACGACGACGACGAUGCUGGCUUUAAAUCCCCACUCUCCCAAGAAUCCGACAAGCAAGACGAACGCUUCUACAGGCAGGACCUCGAAACCGGCGAAGAGGACGAGCAGAACGAGUACCAGUGCCGCGCGAAGCUCUACCAGUUCGUCCACGGUCCGGAUGGCGGGAAGGAGUGGAAGGAGCGCGGAGCAGGGGUGGUCAAGCUCAACUGCACCAGGCCAGGCGAAGGCGAGGAGGAUGCUAAGCUCACCGCUCGAUUACUCAUGCGCGCGGACGGAAGUCACAGGGUCAUUCUCAACACGGCGGUAGGGAAGGAGUUGAAGUUCGGUGCACCAGGUGGGGGCAAGCCGCAGGGUGGAGGGUUGCAGUUCCUUGGGGUUGUUGACGGGGUGAAGGACCCGGUGGUGUUACUGCUGAAGGUCAACGCGAAGUAUGCGCCAGAAUUCUACGAGAAGGUUGUGGAGCUGCAGAGCACGAUGUGA